AGCAAGAGCGAUGCCAUGGCCGUGAUCUUUGCCUCCGACGGCGCCAAGAGCAAGGAUUGGGGCGAGGUUGGACGCACCGACACGGUGGCCAACUCCCUGUCUCCUCAGUUCCACAAGACCGUGCGGGUCAGAUACAGCUUCGAAAGACUCCAACCGAUGCGGCUGGUCAUAUUUGACGUCGAUGAUGUGAAGAAAGAGAGCAGCAAGAUCAAGUUGAACCACCAGGACUUUCUGGCGCACGGAGAGUUCCUGCUGUCCAGUCUGCUGAUGGCUCCCGGACGCCAGCUGACCCUGCCGCUGGCCAACAAGCAUGGCCGCCAGCUGCCGGGCUGUGUGGCGGUGUUGUCGGCGGAGGAACUUCCCAACACCAAUGCGGUGGUCCAGCUGACGCUGGGGGCCUCCAAGCUGGAGAACAAGGACACGUGGGGCAAGAGCGACCCCUUUGUGCGCAUCAGCAAGUUGCGGCACAAUGGCGAGUGGGCUCCCGUUCUGAAGACAGAGGUGGUGGACAACAACCUGAACCCAAUGUGGCGCCCGUUGCAGGCAUCCAUGUCGCAGCUGUGUGGCUGUGACGAAAACCGCCGCUUGCUGUUGGAGGUCUUUGAUCAUGACAUUGAUGGCAGCCACGACCUGAUUGGUCGCUGCGAGGCCUCCCUGCAUCAGCUCAAGGCGGCAGCAGCACAGGGCCACGGCCUGCUGCUGAUCAACCCCAAGAAACAGGGGAUGUCGUCAGGUACACUGCUGGUGAAGGACAUCACCGUCACGCCCCGGCCCUCAUUCCUCGAGUACAUAUCCGGUGGUAUCGAGCUGAACUUCAUUGUCUCAGUCGACUACACCGCCAGCAACGGAGACCCGCGUGACCCGAACUCCCUGCACCAUUACAGCCAGCGCCCUACAAUGUAUGAAGAUGCCAUCUCGGCAGUAGGUCGGGUGCUUGAGCACUACGACCAUGAUAAACAGUUUGCUGCAUAUGGGUUUGGCGCUGCGGUGCCGCCAACUGGCAGCGUCAGCCACUGCUUCCCGCUCAAUGGCAACCCCAGCAACCCAGAGGUGGCGGGGGUGCGCGGCAUCCUGGACGCAUACAGGAACACGCUGUCCACAGUCAGGCUGUCGGGCCCUACGCUGUUUGCGCCCAUCAUCAAUGUUGCGGCUCAGGUAUGCGCCAUUGCCUCCCAGCCGUCCUCGCGCCCCAAGUACUAUGUGCUGCUGAUUUUGACAGACGGGUGCAUCAUGGACAUGGAUCAUACCCUGCAAGCUGUUGUGAAGGCAUCGGAGCUGCCGCUGAGCCUGCUCAUUGUGGGGGUCGGCUCCGAGGAUUUCUCGGCCAUGGAGAAGCUGGAUGGCGACAAGAAACAGAUCAAGGCACCCAAUGGGCAGAAGGCGGCGCGCGACUGCGUGCAGUUCUGUCAGCUGCGCCCGCACCAGCGUGACACUGUGGAGAGCUUGGCGGCCAAGCUGCUGGCGGAGCUGCCGGGGCAGCUAGUGGAAUAUUUCCACCACCUGAAACGCAUGCCGCCACCGACACCC